UAUCCCAGGAUACACAGUGCACGAGUUCCGUCAUGACGUCACUCGUAAACAUGGCGGAAGUGGAUUUACUUUGUUAGGACGCCUCUAGCUUUCAGCACGGAUUUUUCUCUUUCUCGGACACGCAAUGGCGGAAAAACAGUGGUUAAAAGCUUCAGUCGGUGCUCUGUUAGGACUCCUGGCGUUCGGGCUGAUGACUUAUCAGUAUUUGUGCCCGGGAAACUCUUGUGUUUCGCGUCCGGACCGCUACGUUACGUACGGCGGUGGUGACAGGCCCGACUAUGCCGGGGCGGUGGACCGCUUGCUCCAAGAACCGCGACGAAAAAAGUACACCUUCCGACCGUCCACGCUAGAUAGGGACGUGGACUUCAACAUCUCAGGAAACGACGUGAUCGUCUUCUUGCACAUGCAGAAGACGGGAGGGACCACGUUUGGCAGACACUUGGUCAAGAACAUGGACCUGGAGAGACCUUGCCAGUGUCGGCGAGGGCAGAAAAGAUGCCAGUGUCUCCGGCCAGGCACCGACCGGGACAUUUGGCUGUUCUCCCGGUUCUCCACGGGCUGGUCGUGCGGGCUGCACGCCGACUGGACGGAGCUGAAGGACUGCGUUCCCGACAUGAUGGACAAGAAGGAAAAACAGCCCAAGAAACGAAGAGGGUAUUUCUACAUCACCAUGCUGCGAGAACCUGUAGCCAGAUACCUGAGCGAGUGGCGUCACGUGCAGCGGGGUGCCACCUGGAAAACUUCUCGGCACAUGUGCGACGGGAAGAUGCCAUCAGAAAAGGAGCUGCCAUCUUGUUUUGACGACAACUGGGUUGGUGUUGAGUUGGACGAGUUCACAGAUUGCCCGUGGAACCUUGCAAAUAAUCGUCAGACCCGCAUGCUUGCAGACUUAAGCCUUGUCGGCUGCUACAAUACAUCCCACGUAGGUCAAGAGCAAAGAAACCGCAUUCUUCUGGGGAGCGCGAAGACCAAUCUCAGACGGAUGGCUUUCUUUGGCCUCACGGAAUUCCAGAAGAAAAGUCAGUACAUGUUUGAAAGGACCUUUAAGCUCAAGUUUAUAGAAUCUUUUGAGCAAGUCAACGGCACCACAGCAGGCAAGACGCCCAUCACAGAGACACAAAAGAGGAAAGUAGAAGAACUGAACGCUCUUGACAUUGAACUUUAUGACUAUGCCAAAGACUUAUUUUUACAGAGACUAGAGCGGCUUAAGCAGCAUGACCCAGACUACUAUGAUUAUGUAGAUGAGGCAGUGGCCAACUGGUGAUAGUCUUCCUUUCGAAGUUUCUAGGAUCAUGCAUAAUCUGUUAUCACCUGUAAAUCAAUGAUCCAUUGCCAGCUGCCACAUAAAAAAUGGGAGACAUUUUCGAGCUUGUGACGAUGCUAUAUUACCAUAUCUACCUGACCCCUUACUCAAGGAUCAUCACAGCUAAUUGGGAAACAAUAACAUCGACUUCCUGCUAGCAUAGACUUUUGGCCAUCGAAUGGAGCACGGUAGAAGCAUUGUCUAAAGAUGUUGCAUUACACAAAUUGUACAUACUUACAUUCCUAGAUACAUACAUACAUACCUAGAUACAGACAUGGACAUGGAACAAUACAGCUGAUGCUGUAAAGUGGUACACAUAAAUGACAACCUUUCCUGCACUGCCAGCUUGAUGUCAGAAGCCCCCUGUGCUUCCAAAGGCAAUGCAAACUGGAUUUUAGGAAUGGCAUCUGAACUCAAAUUGAUUUCCUUAGCCGUCCUCCCACCUUUUCUGGUAAUGAUGCUCAGAAAGACUCACAGCAAAUAAGUUAUCAAAUGUUGCUGAAAUUCCUCAGUGAAACAACAUACUUAAAAAUGGUAGACUGUCAUACUAAGAUACUUGUCCACUUUGUAAAACUACAGUAAUGCAAAAUGGGAGAAUGUCUCACUAACAUACUUAUCCUCCUUGUCCCAUGGGGGACAUAAGGCUGUGAAGGUCACAAUUAUCAUCAAGCUAAAACAAUGAGGACAACCUAUACCCAAAACAGUUCUAUUCUUUUACGCAACACCUGUAUGAUGUCAUAGUUUGUGGCACCCUGUGCAGACUUUUCAAAGUCUUGGCAGCUGAACAAAAUCAUCACACCACCUUGGCAGCUGUGAAGUGCUCUCAUUGUUAAGCACAUUUGAUACAAGAUAAACUGUAGAAACUUUCAAAACCCCACCUUGUACAGAAGCUAUACAACAUCCCACCAUGCAACAAUGACACAGAAUGCAUUUAAUAUCAAUGUACAAUGAUGUUGACUUUGUUUGAUCAUUCCCUUGUAUCAAGAGGCAAUGAUAAGUCUGUGUUUCUGUAGUUAUAUAUGUCAAUAUAAAGAAAUGAUACUCCUGACCAAUGAUAACACACAGUAAUAUCCAACAACGUUUCCUGUCAAUGGCAAUGUCUUAGAUGUUCAUUGUCUGCCAGAUUUUUAUUUUUGGUUUGUUUUUGAUAAUUAGUUGGGUUUUUUAAAAUAAUUUCCAAGCAUAUCUUUGUUAAGAAAGUAUCCAUAGUGUUUAACAGUAUCCAUUGGCCAGUUCCCAGCUUUUUUAAUGUUAUAAAUACCUUUUGCCCACCUGUAUUUACUGAUGACAGCACCUGAAAAAACAAAAACAGUAGAAGAUAGAAGGCAUAUUCCAAACUUUGAAUUUUGUGACAAACUCCAAAACUACUUUGGCAAAGCAGUUAUGGAGUUUGUCACAAAAUUCAGUAUAACUUAUUUCUGUAUAAAUGUGUUAAGUAACAUGUAAACAAGCACAUUUGUUAGAUAGUUAGAUAUUUUACAUCAGAAUACAGAUUGUGUGCUAAAAUUGAUAAAGUUAACUUAUUGCAAACAUGUUUUUACUUACUAGUACCUAACUGUAAGUAUGUUGCAGAUUCUUUUUCAAACAUUAACAUAUAGACAUGCAUUGAAAGGACCAACUAUUUAUGUUUACCCAGACAACUUCUCAACCUAAUAAUGUAGUACAUACAUCUCAAACAAAAUUAUACUUCUGUCAUUCUGAAGGAUUUUGAGCAUCAAGAAAUCAUGAAACUUCUCAUCAAUAUGAUGGAGCUUAAAUCCAUAUCGUAAGGGUAUAUCAUGUCAAAGUUCUUGUGGCAAGGCAUGCGUUGCUUAUAUUAUCGAGAGAAAUGUAAAUAUAGUGUAUACUUUUGUAAAAAAAAAAAACUGAGCCAUAUGGAAAGCAAAGAAAAGAGUUAAAAGUUUGUUCUAACCACGGUACCUGACAGUGUAGAUAGUGUUCAUAUCGUAUGCAUAUGAGUUUAGUAUAGUUGAAAUCCUAAUAGUACUGACCAAUAGAUUUAUUUAUUUGUAGUAAAAGCUAAGUUUUAACAAUUAUAGAUACAAGAAGAGAGUGUAUUAGCAGAAUUCACUUUUACCUCAUUUGCAGGCUAUGCUUAUUGUUAUUUAUCAGGCUAGAUAAAAAUGUAAGUUUAGUUUUCCAGUUUUCCAUUAUCAAGGAUGACGUUAUGACAUCUAAUACUCUGUGACAGAGGACAAUUAUAAUUUUCAUUAAAACCGCCAUAUUUUGUUGGCAAUGCCAGAUAUAGAUACAAGAAUCAUAUAUUUGAUGUUAUGUUACAUGGAUGUUAUGUAUAUUGUUAUUACUAAUAUUAGAAGCAUCAUGAUGUCAAAAUUAACACUAUUUGUUGCAAAAACAAUGUUAAAUCUGACUUAUAAGUAAUGUCGUGAGUUUUGCAAUGAUACAGACUUGUGGCAAAAUGUUCAAGUUUAGACUGUAACGUUGUUGCUAAUUCUUCUGUUAGGUGGAGAGUUACAUUGUAUGCUCUCCAGAUGAUCAAUACCCACACCUCAAAAUAAAGAAACAUAACUAAGUAUAGUUUUAUACCAUUUCUUUGAAGCAUAGAAAAACAAUGUUUUGUAAUAUCGUUACUGUCACCUUUUCAUUUUUUUGGUGCUGAGUUAAUUUGGGAAGGAAUCACCUUCUAAUCGUCUAUUAAGAAGAACUACAAUGUAGUUGUUCGCCUUUGUUGUUGUCAUGUUAUGGUUAUAUUUUUAUAUGUUUAUGCCAACAGGUUCAUAACUUAUAAAACUGUUAUAUAAUGUAAUCAUUAGUGUUGAUAGAAUGAGUACUUGGAUUUAGUUUAACAUCAGAUCAAUUGAAUAAUAAACCAUGCCCUAAUACAGGUUGUGAACCUUA